AUGAGCCGAAACGUCAUCGUCUCCGCCACCGGGCGACACACGGCAACGAUCAUCUUUCUGCAUGGCCUGGGCGACACGGGCCACGGCUGGUCCUCCAGCAUUGCCGCCAUCAAGCCGGCCAACGCCAAGUCGAUCUGUCCGACGGCAAACACCAUGCCGGUGACGCUGAACGGCGGCUUUCCGAUGCCCAGCUGGUUCGACCUCUACUCCCUCGACUCCACCGGGAAGGUGGACGAGCACGGCAUCGAGCGGGCGAAGACGCUGGUCCACGAGCUGAUCAACAACGAGGAGAAGGCGGGCAUCCCCAGCAAUCGCAUUCUGCUGGGCGGAUUCAGCCAAGGUGGCGCCCUGGCGCUGUACAGCGGCCUGACGUACAGCAAACCGCUGGCGGGCAUUCUCGCGCUCAGCUGUUGGCUGCCGCUGCAUGAGAAGCUGAGCUGGGCCGGCUCGCCGAAUGUAAACACGCCGGUGCUGCAGUGUCACGGCGAUGCGGAUCACAUUGUUCCACUCCGCUGGGGCCAGCUGACCAGCGAGCUGCUGAAGAAGAACCUCAGCAAGUACCAGUUCAAGGUGUACCGCGGUCUGGCGCAUAGCUCAAGUGAUGACGAAAUGGACGACGCGAAGAAGUUUGUUCAGGAGCGCCUGGCCGAGGGCGGUAGCAGCAACUAA